CAUAAAUGUUACCAAACGCGAUAUACGCUUUGACAGGAGAACGUGUUUUUCUGGGGGAGAGAUGAGGAAAGAAAUCACUGAAAAGAUGCUGAAGUUCCCAAAUGAAGUGCUUGAGAUUCUUUAUUUUGGACGUGAAAUCAUAGAUUUUGUACCAUGAAACUAGGAAGACAGGACAGGAUGUUCCUCUGUAAACAAGGAGCGAGAGAGAGAUGAAUUGGGGGGUGAUUCUUGGCCGAUCCGACACUCAAUACGACUGGUAAAGUAAAAGCAAAGGCUGAAAACAGAGGAAGGGGGAGAGGUAAGAGGAAGGGCCCUCAAAUCAGAGAGGUCAGAGAUCUGCUCCCCAACAGCCUGUCCUACAGGUUUCCUUUUCUAACAACGACUGAGAGUGCUGAUGGUGGUGGUCGUGAAUCGGAGACGGUGGUUGGGUCGGUGGCUGGCGAGAGCGGUGGUGGUGGGAAUCUCGAAAAGAGCCGGAGGGACCCCACCCCACGAGCUCCUUCUCCACUCCCUCUCUCUUUUUCUCUCUCUUCCCAAAUGGCGUCGUUAGUUAGGUAGUCACUCGCAGUCCCAUGUGGCCGGUUGCUUUCUCCCUCCAUUACCUUUUUCUUUCCUCCCUCUCACCGCGUAUUUACCUCUCGAGUUUGCUUUUUGACUGCCUGUGUUGGUUUCCGUCUCUCUCUCUCUCUCUGAAUUCUACUUUCCACUUAAUUUUGGCUACCGUCUGAGAGUGUUGUCUCUCUCUCUCUCUCUCUCUCUCUCUCUCUCUCUCGCUCCCUGGUUGGUUUUGGUGAUCUUACUUAGCAAGACAGCUUAGAGAGAUCAUCAUGGAUCCUGCAACUCCUUUAGAUCACGCCCUCUUUCAACUCACUCCAACCAGAACCAGGUGCGAUCUUGUUGUGUUUUCCUCGGAUGGUGAAGAAGAGAAACUGGCUUCCGGAUUGCUCGAGCCUUUUCUUUUUCACCUUAAGGCGGCCGAGGAGCAGAUCUCAAAGGGUGGGUAUUCAAUUAAGCUUCAAUUGCCCCCUGGAGAAGACGCUAAUGCAUCUUGGUUUACAAAGGGUACAGUCGAGAGGUUCGUUCGAUUUGUUAAGACGCCGGAGAUCCUUGAGAGGGUGGUGACUAUUGAAAGGGAGAUCUCACAAAUUGAAGAUUCUAUUCGUUGUAAUGAAUUGUCCGUGAGUACUGAACAAAUUUCGAAGCCCAGUUCAACAAGACAAACAGAAGAUAAUGUUAGAGGCAUCGAUGCAAAUGCUGGAAAGUUAGCAGAUUCGGUCAAGUCAAAAUCCGAAUCCGAUGCAGAUGAUUCUGGACAUGGUGAAAAUUCCAAGAUUCAACUGCUGAGAGUGCUUGAAACAAGGAAAUCUGUGCUUCGCAAAGAGCAAGGCAUGUCAUAUGCUCAGGCUUCUGCAGCUGGUUUUGAAAUUGAUUACAUUGACGAUCUUAUAUCAUUUUCUGAAGCCUUCGGAGCUUCUCGGUUGAGGGAUGCUUGCAAAAAUUUCAAGGAACUAUGCAAGAGAAAGCAUGAUGCAGGCCUCUGGCUGGAUGAGCUAGCAACAGUAACCACCAGCUCACAGUCAGAUUUAUCUUGCAUGGGAGUACCUGCAAUCUUGUUACAAAAUGGGAUGCCAACAGUUCUUGUGGCUGAUGCAUCUCAGAAGAAAUCUGAAUCCGAUGGGUCUGCUGCUUCAAUGGUCAGCACCACAAAUGGGAACCAUGAAACUUCCAAUUUUGGCCAAGAUAAUAUGCCUCAGAGGUCCACACAAGAUCAACCUCCGGUUACGGGUUCAAAUCCACAGCCACAGUUUUUAUAUAAUGUUCAGAGUUCUGGCGUUCCUUCACCAUUUCCUUUUCCUGGUUACAUCAUGCCUGGUGUGCAGAUGAUGCCUCCAUAUUAUCCAGGCUAUUCUGGAACCGCACAACACCAAUAUGAAAAUCCCGUCUCUGGUCUCUUUCCAGAACAAGAUUAUGGUAAACAUCAUUCUCCAUACAGCAUGAAACGAAAAACAGUUAAUAGGAAAGGUCAUAGAUCCUCUGCAUCGAAUCUUGGAAGUGCAGAUGAAUAUUCUGACCAAGAUUAUUCCAGUUCUGGUGAUGAAGCUGAUGCUUCUUUGCACCACGAAACUGUUUCUAAGUCCUCAUCAGCAGGAAAAGUAGGAAACAGGAAAACUGGGAAGAAGUCCUCUAGAGUAGUUGUUAUUCGGAAUAUCAACUAUGUAACAUCAAGGAAGAGGGAAGAAUCCAAGGAUGGGACGGAGAAUAACUGCUCAUCUGAGGAUGACUUCAUUGAUGGUGAUUAUCUUGAACAGAAUGUGGAGGAUGCAGUUGAAUCAUUGAAGAGGCAUCAUAAAGUGGUCCAUCACAGUCACAAAAAGGAAGGCGAUAAAAAUUCUUCUCAUGAUGCAAAAAGUUCAGAUGAUUCUGUUAAUAUUACGGAGAAUGCCACAAUUAGAAAAUCUAAUGGAGAAAACCAUGAUCGAACCUGGGAUGCUUUUCAGAAUCUUCUGUUGAAGGACGACCAUGAUGAAUCAUCAAGCAUCAAAAUUGUGGACCAUGACCCCAGCGGAUACUCGACUAUUCCAAAUAAGCAAGCUAGUGAUGCAGGGGAUGAACACUUAAUGGUAAAAAAAGUAGAUGCCAUAGAAACCCCAGGCAGUGCUACUUUUCAGUCUGAAACAAAUGGAGGGGCCAAGAGAUUGGUUACAGAUGACUCAUUUAUCAUGGCUGAAAGGGAUGUCAACAACAUUGCCAUUGCUCCAAAUGGAAGCCUUGAAAGUGAAGCUCACUUUAAAGCUGUGAAAUUGAAGAAGUCUGGCGAUGACGAGGUGAUGCUUUCAUGGCAGACACAAUCUAACAAUGGACAAGUUACUAUUUUGGAUUAUUCUCAGGAACUGCCUAUGGUAAAUUACCACAGUCAAACAGAGCAGUUCAUGACUAUGCCGGAGAGAUUUAUAGGAAACAAGGAAGACUCCUCUAGUUAUGCUUCAGCAUUAGUUGAGAAUCAGCUGCAAGCAGGAAAAUCUGAAGAAAAGAAAUUGAUAGAUGAUUCCUAUGUUGUUGUCUCAACUAAAACAACAGAACCUGAUGUUCAGUGGAAAACUGAUAUAUAUGUGGAUGAGGCUAUCUCAUUUGAAACUCAUCCUUCGGAACAUGAUCUGGGAAGUGCUGGAAUCUCCAACAAGUAUGAGCCCGAUGAUCUUUUCAUGAUAGUGCACCGAGAAAAUGAAGCAGAAUUACACAGGGAGUCUUGGACUCCUGAGAUUGAUUAUAAUGCGCGGACACCAGGAUCUGGUGCUGACAUGACCCCCUCCUCCCCAAAAGCAAAUGGUCCAGCAGUUGCUAAUGUGUCACCUAGUCCUAAUGGUGAAAAAUGCAAGAAAGAAACAGAAACAAGAGGUGCAAGUAAAGAUACAAGGUCUACAGCAACACGAGGUUAUCCUCGUAAUAGCAGGCCUGAGAUUGGCACGAGGAAGACAAAACCAUUGAACAGAGAUGCAAUUCAAAAGGCCAAAAAAGAUAAGGAAGAAGAGGAUAGAAAGAGGGUUGAACAAUUAUUGAUUCAACGACAGCAAAGAAUAUCUCAAAGAAGUGGUACUAGCUCAAAUAAAGUGACCAAGUCAAACCAGAGCAACACAAAUAAAUCUCCGAAAACAACUCUUGGAGAGGAAAGGAACAAUAAAGUGCUUGCAAAUUCAGCAAGUACAACAUCAUCUGGAAAGGCUGUUAGGAAAGGAUAUGGAGUACCAGUGAAAGUGUGACAACUAAGAGUAUCAGGCAGUCUAUUUCAAAUGGCCAAUUCACAGAGCAACCCAUUGCUAUUGAUGCAGUCCAAGCUGGGUCAAGUACAUGUGAUCAACGUGUGGUAGAUGAAGAUGAUUGUUGGUAUUCAACAUACAAAAGAAUGUUUUUUUGUCAAUAGACGAGAAUAAGGGGCAUCAGAACUGAGGCUACCAAACUCUGGAAAGUGUUGUUUGUGCUAAGCUUGAAGCUUGCUAAAAUUCUAUGGUACAGUGCAAAUAAUUUUUUUUUCUUUCUUCAUUGUGUUUUCAUAUGACAUUGUAUAAUUUUACUUUUAAGGGAGGAUUCAGUGUCACAGGUAAAUCAAUAAAUAUUUCUUAAUCACAA